CCCCCUCUCCCCCCCCCUCUCUGUGUGUGUGUGUGUGUGUGUGUGUGUGUGUGUGUUAGAGAUUAGACAUCUCGUCACUGAGCUCAGAGCCUCUUCAGCCGUCAGGAAUCAGAGAAACGCACGGAUUCGGGAAGUGAAUCAACACUAAACACACUCAGGUCAGUGGCAGUCAGCUCAGAAACCAGCGUCUGUGACGUUUUAACUUGGAAUUAAAAGAAUGAUUGCACAAGUUCAGGUGAAGCAUGGGUGGACCGCCAUCACGUGUGCUCUUCUUCUCCUCCACACGUGUAUUGGGCAGAAAGACUGCACCGGAGUGGAUUGUCCACAUCUGGACGGCUGCAUUGAGGAGGUUCUGGAGGACGGCGCAUGCUGUGCGACGUGUUCGCAGCGAGGCUGCACGUGUAAAGGGUAUCAGUAUUACGAUUGUAUCAGCGCCGGGUUUAAAAAAGGGAAGGUUCCUGAAGGACAGACGUACCUGGUGGACUCGGGCAGUACGGAGUGUUGGUGUCCCGCAGGUGGUGGUGAUAUAAGCUGUCGCUUCAUCCCGUGUCCCGACGUCCCUCCUCACUGCAUCGAGCUGUCCAACUCCACUGAGGCGUGUCCUCACUGCUUGCGCCUCGGCUGCGUCCAUCAUGACCACAAAUACGAAGCGGGCCACUCCUUCCACAUGGAUCCGUGUCAGGUGUGUCACUGUCCCAAUGACGGCGGUGACCUCAUGUGCUCUGUGAUUCCUGAUUGUUCCUUGGAAACGGCCAAGAAUCCUGAGGUAAAAAAGAAUGAGCUGCAUGUCUCCAAACAUCAACAUCCUGAAGAGUUCCCCAGUGAAGAUCAUAAAUUCCAGAGUAACUCUGUCCCCAUUUACACAGAGGACACAUCAGAGUUUGAAGAGGGUGAAGACUACGACUAUUUCCCAGAAGCCACCACAAAUCCUUAUGCUUUCGUUCCAUCUUCUGAAAGUCUUCAAACUCAAAAUCCACACGAGGUUCUGCAUGAAGACACCAGGGAGGAGCUUAGAGAGACACUGGGAACAUAUGAUACAGAAUCUCUAGAAGAAGAAACCGAGGACUCGCUAAACGUUCCUAACACUGAGACAGACUCGAGAUCUUCUGAAAGGUUAUCAUCUCAGAUGGAAACCGUUCGUAAACACACUCAGGUUCCUUCAGGAGAAUCCACAACUAUUACCACAGAUGACAUCACGAGAACAGAGAGGAACCCUAACGAUCACAGGGAACUUCAUCACACGAUCCCGGAACUCAGUACCGUCCCGAAAGUACAGUUCAUCUCCACCACCGAACCACCAGUGAACAUGAAGGAAAGUGAAGCUCACAGGCAGCCUCAAACGUUACCACCAAGAUACCACCAAGAGGGAAACGGUCUCCAUCUAACCUUCAACAACCAGAAAGUCAAUUCCAGGGAGGUUAGCAUGUGCUGUGAAGCUGGUGAGAAUUGGGCCUCUGCUCACAGCCACUGCAACGACAUGGUACCCACGAGGACAGACCCGGGUUCUACUUGCUGGUGGGCUCAGAAGCAGUGCUGUUUGAGGUCGCUGAGAGAAACUCAGUGUUCAUCUGGAAUAAACACCGCAAUACAGGGGCGUGACUGUGGAGCUGAUGAUGCAGAUCUCUGUGACUCAUAUCUGGAGUGCUGUACGUGUUGUGCACUGGGUCUGCGUCUCCGAGCACAGCGAGAGUCAUGUGACUCUCCACAAGGUUUGGGUGCAACCUGUAGCCACACACUUCUGACCUGCUGUGAGGGGACAGGCUUGACCAGUCAGAGCACAGUCAGGGAGAGGACAAGCCCCCAAGCCACCAGCCCACCCAGGAGAGUUUCUGAAGGUCCGGAGCACCAGGCGUUUUCUCUGGAGGAGGUGGAGGACACUGAGAACAUGGUGGAGAAGGUGGAUGGUGUGGAGGAUGUGGAUGAGUGCCGUGUGUACGCCGGCCAGCUGUGUCAUCAUCAGUGUGUCAACACACAGGGGUCAUACGUGUGUGUGUGUUUCCCCGGAUUCGUCCUGCAACCGGACGGGAUCCAGUGCCUGCAACAAGAUGAAGAUGGACAGAGGGAUGACCACGUAUUUACUGCCAGCCUGAGACCAGCGGAGACGACCACCACUCCACCUCCUGACCUCCUGCCUGAUCCCUGUGAAGGAAAUGGCCACUGUGCCCAUCACUGCCACCUGGUGGAGGGUCAAGCUCACUGCACCUGUUCCCCAGGAUUCAAUCUGAUGCCUGAUGGACACUCGUGUGAAGAUGUAGAUGAGUGUUUUCCCUCCACACACUCGUGUCAGCUAAAUGAGAGGUGUGAGAACACUGUGGGCAGUUUUAGGUGUCUGCAGCAGAUCAUUUGUCCAUCAGGAUAUCAGCUGAGGAACGACUUGUGUGAAGAUAUUAACGAGUGCACGCUGGGAGCUGACAGUUGUGGCCCGGGGUUCGACUGUGUCAACACAGCCGGCUCGUUCAGCUGCAGAGCCACACCCAGGUGUCCAGGAGGAUUUACUCAGGACUCACGGGGCCAGUGCACUGACAUUGAUGAGUGCAGGACAGUAACUCAGCCCUGCAGUCCCGGGUUUAACUGCAUCAACACGGUCGGCUCAUACACCUGCCAGCGCAAGAUCAUCCUGUGUGGCAGAGGCUAUCACUCCAGUCCUGAUGGCACCAGGUGUAUCGGUAAUACACACCUGAACACACACACACCUGAACACACACACUCACCUGAACACACACACACACUUGAACACACACACUCACCUGAACACACACACUCACCUCAGCACUGGACGUCCAGCUCCUUCACCAGCUCCGUGCCCGUUCUCCUGAGGUUCAGUUGGACCUCUCACACCAAAGCUCCUUCAUCCCUGGGAGCUUGCUUGUGUCUCUUACCUGAAGGAUGUGGCGUCUCUCCGUCUGCUGCCGCCUCACUUCUGGAUCCUGGAUCAUGUUUUUGGAGAACCUUGCUAGUCAGUGAUGAGAACCAGGAGACUGGAGACGUGCUUCAGAAUGAAGAUGGACAGAGGGAUGACCACGUAUUUACUGCCAGCCUGAGACCAGCGGAGACGACCACCACUCCACCUCCUGACCUCCUGCCUGAUCCCUGUGAAGGAAAUGGCCACUGUGCCCAUCACUGCCACCUGGUGGAGGGUCAAGCUCACUGCACCUGUUCCCCAGGAUUCAAUCUGAUGCCUGAUGGACACUCGUGUGAAGAUGUAGAUGAGUGUUUUCCCUCCACACACUCGUGUCAGCUAAAUGAGAGGUGUGAGAACACUGUGGGCAGUUUUAGGUGUCUGCAGCAGAUCAUUUGUCCAUCAGGAUAUCAGCUGAGGAACGACUUGUGUGAAGAUAUUAACGAGUGCACGCUGGGAGCUGACAGUUGUGGCCCGGGGUUCGACUGUGUCAACACAGCCGGCUCGUUCAGCUGCAGAGCCACACCCAGGUGUCCAGGAGGAUUUACUCAGGACUCACGGGGCCAGUGCACUGACAUUGAUGAGUGCAGGACAGUAACUCAGCCCUGCAGUCCCGGGUUUAACUGCAUCAACACGGUCGGCUCAUACACCUGCCAGCGCAAGAUCAUCCUGUGUGGCAGAGGCUAUCACUCCAGUCCUGAUGGCACCAGGUGUAUCGAUACUGACGAGUGUGAAACCGGAGUCUAUCGCUGCGGAGAAGGUCAGAUUUGUCAUAAUCUCCCCGGAACAUACCGCUGUGACUGUCACCCAGGCUACCAGUACGACAUGUACAGGAGGAUGUGUGUAGAUGUGAAUGAAUGCUGGCGUUACUCGGGCAGGCUGUGUGCUCAGACGUGUGAGAACACUCCAGGCUCGUAUCGCUGCUCCUGCAACUCAGGAUUCACUUUAUCCAGCGAUGGCAAGAGCUGUGAAGAUGUGAAUGAGUGUUUGAACAGUCCAUGCAGCCACAAGUGUGUAAACAUCUACGGCUCAUACCAGUGUUACUGCAGACAGGGCUACUACCUGCGUGAGGACACACACACCUGUGAAGAUAUUGAUGAAUGUUCUCAGAGCAUCGGACAUCUCUGUGCCUACAAGUGUGUGAACGUCCCAGGAAGUUACGACUGUGCCUGUCCUGAACACGGAUACAGCAUGGCUCCGAACCGACGGUCCUGCCACGACAUAGACGAGUGUACAGUCGGAGCUCAUAACUGUACAGCAGACGAAACAUGCUACAACAUUCACGGUGGAUUCCGCUGUCUGUCCUUUAGCUGUCCAACAAACUACCGCCGAGGCUCUGACACACGGUGCGAGCGAAUCGGUUGCUCCAACUUCCUGGAGUGCCAGAACUCCCCGGUGAGAAUCACGUACUAUCAGCUCAGCUUCCAGACCAACAUCAUCGUCCCGGCGCUCAUCUUCCGCAUGGGUCCGUCUCCCGCCUACUCCGGCGACAACAUCAUCAUCAGCAUCAGCAGUGGUAAUGAGGACGGCUACUUCAGCCCCAGGAAGCUGAAUGCGUACACCGGCACCAUCUACCUGCAGCGCCAGCUCCCGCAGCCUCGGGACUUCCUGCUGGAUGUGGAGAUGAAGCUGUGGAGGCAGGGCACCUUCACCACCUUCCUCACCCGGAUCUACAUCUUCAUCACGGCUAAUGUCAUCUAAUGUUGGACUUCUACACCACUUAUACCCCCAACAGUCACGAUUCACACCUAGUCUGUGAUUUUAGUGUGUUCAUUAUUAUUAUUAUUAUUAUAAAAAUUAUUUUGUUAUUAAGUCUGUUAAUUGACAUCAAGCAAUAAUCGCUUAAUGAUGACUUUUAAAUUUUAAAUUCAAUUUCUUUCAAAUUCUAAUGUACACAGUUUACAAUGUUCAUGAUGAGAUUCCGGUUCACAUUCAACACAUUUACAACGUUCACGCUAGGUUCUCAAAUCACCCAUUAUCCAUCUCACAGCUGGAACAUGUGAAGUGGGCGGGGCUGAGUGCGUCACUGCAAUGACCAGAGAGGGCGGAGCUUCAAUAAAAAAGAGAAGGUUCUGUAGCUUCAUACAGAGUUUUUUUUUGUUGUUGUUGAAAGUGAUUGUAGGUCUAACAGCCAUGACACAUUUAUCAUUUUUUUUAAGUUGUAAGCAGAUUCAUAAUGACAAAAGUACCUAAUUUGCAUAAUUAUAGCGCUCAUGUGGAAAUGCCACACUAUAAGAAGCUUCCGAAGCACAUGAUCACGGCU